AAUAUUCCACAAUACAACUUUAUUUGUAGAUUAGAGCUACGGCGGGUCGCUUUUAAGGAGCUAAAAAUCCGUCCUUUGUAGUCUUCACCGGUUCACCUGCAAAUAUUGAAUGAUUGAGCUAAAAUCAUUUUCUCGAAUCAUCAGUUUCCUGCCAUCCAAUUUGCCAAAUUCUGGUAAAAAAAACAAAUUUAUGCCAAAUCCGACUUGUGAGAAAGAGAAGUUAACAGUAGAUAAAUCCUUCAUUUAAUUCGAGGACCACACUUUAGACCUUGCCCAUCUUCGUCUCCUACAAAAUCCCAUUAACUUGAUUGUGCCAUUGAACUGAAUUUGGGUUCAAACUCCUUUCCGAAUCCCAUUUUGGUUCUCAAGGGAUCUGGUCAUAAUGGGAAGUUUGGGAGCGAUUUUUAAACACCCAGAUGAUUUUUACCCGCUUUUGAAGUUGAAAAUGGCUGCGAAGCAUGCAGAGAAACAGAUCCCACCAGAGCCUCACUGGGGUUUCUGUUACUCCAUGCUUCACAAGGUCUCUCGUAGUUUUGCUCUCGUCAUUCAACAGCUCGGCACUCAGCUUCGUGACGCUGUAUGUAUAUUCUAUUUGGUACUUCGAGCCCUUGAUACAGUUGAGGAUGAUACAAGCAUACCUACUGAUGUCAAAGUGCCUAUUCUGAUAGCUUUUCACCGUCACAUAUACGAUCGUGAUUGGCAUUUUUCUUGUGGUAGCAAGGACUAUAAAGUUCUCAUGGACCAAUUUCAUCAUGUUUCAACUGCCUUUCUAGCGCUUGGGAAAAGUUAUCAGGAGGCAAUUGAGGAUAUUACAAAAAGAAUGGGUGCAGGAAUGGCUAAAUUCAUAUGCAAGGAGGUGGAAACAGUUGAUGACUAUGAUGAAUAUUGCCAUUAUGUAGCUGGGCUUGUUGGACUAGGCCUGUCCAAGCUUUUCUAUGCCUCUCAAUUAGAGGAUCUGGCACCAGAUGGCCUCUCCAACUCAAUGGGUUUAUUUCUUCAGAAAACAAACAUCAUUCGAGAUUAUUUGGAGGAUAUAAAUGAGAUCCCUAAGUCACGCAUGUUUUGGCCUCGGCAGAUCUGGAGUAAAUAUGUUCACAAACUUGAGGACUUGAAAUAUGAAGAGAACUCAGUCAAGGCAGUGCAAUGCUUAAAUGAUAUGGUUACUAAUGCUUUGACUCAUGUGGAUGAUUGCUUGAACUACAUGUCUGCAUUGCGAGAUCCUGCUAUAUUUCGAUUUUGUGCCAUCCCUCAGAUCAUGGCAAUUGGAACCUUAGCAUUGUGCUACAACAAUAUUGAAGUAUUCAGAGGCGUAGUGAAGAUGAGGCGUGGUCUCACUGCUAAGGUCAUUGACCGAACAAAAACUAUGGCUGAUGUCUAUGGUGCUUUCUUUGAUUUCUCCUGUAUGCUCAAGUCCAAGGUUGACGCUAAUGAUCCUAACGCGGAAAAGACAUUGAGCAGGGUGGAAGCUAUACAGAAAACUUGCAGGGAGUCUGGACUUCUAAACAAAAGGAGAUCUUACAUAAUCAGAAGCGAGCCAAGAUAUAGUUCUGCUUUGAUUGUCCUACUUGUUAUCAUAUUGUCCAUCAUUUCCGCUUUGCACUUGGGGAACCGACCAACGAACUAAGGAUGGUCAGUUUCUUGAACAUUGUAAUUGGGUGUGAUUGAUCUGUUCCCUGGAACUUGCUGCUUUGUGAUCUUUGCAUGUGAUAAAGUUGUUUUAUUUCCAGCCAAUCAUGAGAAAUUGGCAUAUAAAUAGUUUCUAAACUAUUGCAUGGUUGUUGGCCAACUGUUUAAUUAUGGGAUGCAGCAAUGUUAUAAAGUUGAGGGUGUAUGUAUUUAUCAGUUGUGAUGCAGAAAUGCUAUCAUGAAGUUCAAAUGUCUAAAGGCUGAAAAAACAUAAUUUAGUUUUCCAUGAUGUUAAUAAGAUUUACAUCAAGUCAUUAUAUUAUUUUAA